AUGGACGAUAAUGCUAGUAUACAGAUCUCCCUUCAAAGUUCUUGAGAAAUCCCCCUCUCCUCUACUCUAUGCUUAAUCUAUAUCCAAUGGUUCAAUAGUAUCGUCCCUUUACUAAAAUAUAAAUAUGUUUAGCGCUCUAAAGAGAUGGACGAAGAUGGGUGCUGAGGAGUCCAAGUUAAGCAUGCCUUCUGGUGUGAAAGCCAUGGGACAAGCUUUACAGAGAAAAUUUGCCCGUGGAGUUCAAUAUAACAUGAAAAUAAUUAUCAAAGGAGACAGAAAUACUGGAAAGACGUGUAUGUUCCAUAGAUUACAAGGGAAGCCAUUUAACGAACAGUACAUUCCAACCAAUGAGAUACAGGCUGGCAGUAUCCACUGGACCUACAAAGCUGCUGAUGACAUAGUAAAAGUAGACGUCUGGGAUGUUGUGGAUGUAGGGAAGAGCAGAAAGCCCAGUGACACAUUGAAGAUUGAAAAUAAUCCAUCGACAGAAGGUGAUGACGAUGUGGUAGCUGACGCUAACUUCCUGGAUGUCUACAAAGGAACACAUGGAGUGAUAAUGUUGAUGGACAUAACAAAACCAUGGACAUUUCAGUACAUCAGGAGAGAACUCCCUAAAGUUCCGGCACAUAUUCCUGUACUAGUCCUGCAAACAGUAAAGAUUCUCAGCCUGGAGGACUGAGGAAGUGGUUUUCAAGCUCUAAACCAAACAUCCCAAAUGAUGAAGUGAUACCCAAACUGGAGCCAGCAUCUAAUUCAGCGGGAACACCAUCAAACAUCGAAGAAUUCAAACCAGAGGAUGAAUUAGAUGCAGGGUUUUUAGAUGAAGAUUCUUCGGCCAAAGAAAAACCUAAAAGUAAAAAACAGCAGAAAAAGAAAUCAGUGGAAGUUGACGAAACACCAAGUGAAUCUAGCGACGAGAGCGAUAGUGAUUCAGGGCCCGUCAACCCCAUGGUCGCAAGCUUUGCAGAAGACAUAUCAGAUGAUGAAACAUUAACCAAUGGAAACAUCCAUUCAGAAGACACAUCUAAAACACUUGAAGUCAAACCUCUGUCCCCUGUUGCCGAUGUUCACAUAACAUCAAGUGAAGAAGAGGAAGAUGAUGGUGAAGAAGAAAAGACAGAGGUCUUAAAGCCAGAAGUGUUAAAACCAACUCCUCUGAGUACGAAAAUAAAGAGUAAAACACAAGAAAACAGUUUAAAGCUAAAAGUCAAGGAUGGUUCAAGUAAAACAAGUGUUGAACGGCGUGAGAAUAAGAAUGAUAGUAAUGAUAUAGAUGACUGGCUUGACUCACCUGAUAUUGAACCCAAGAGCGGCGAAAAAUCACGGAGUAAAAAACACAAGAAGCACAAAGAAAAGCCGGACGAAGAAAACGAAACAGAAAAAGAACACAGAAGAUCCAAACACAAAGACACUGACAAAGAAAAAAGAAAAAGCGAAGAUAGCGAAAAAAAGAAAAAGAGUCGACACAAACACAGCAAGAAGAAAAGUGUAGACACUAGUGAACAUCAAGACGGUCUGGCCUAUGAUGAAUUAUAACUGACACAGUUACAUAAUUAUAUAUGAUUAUUAAAGGAAAUAUCAGUGGGCCAGUCGACAACAGAUCUGCAGAGGUCUCACAGGAUAAAGAAGUUAUGUUAAUCCAUCAAGAUGCGAGUGAAAAUCAACAAAUAAAACCAAGUGGUUUACGACGACUUUGUGUGGAAACACGAAGGGGGCUACAGUGAGAUGCGUUGAAAAUCAUCCAAGAUCGAGCGAGAAGACUUUAAUAUAUUAUUUUCAACGAAAUUUGGAAACAACAAUAUUCGAAUAGAAUGAAUAGCAUUAAAAAAAUCAGUAUUUGAUUCAAGAUGAUUCAAGGUUGAAGUUUGUCAACCACGUCUAGUGACAAAGCACAGGAAACCCAAAAAUCAAUAUAUUUAAGGAUGAAGCGCAUCUGAAUGUCACAUGAUUAGAAACAAAGGAAGCCCAAAACUCAGUAUUUGGUACAAGAUGAUUCAAGGAUGAAGCACACCUGAAUGUCACGUGAUUACAAACACAGGAAACCCAAUUCUUUUUGUAUCCACCAUAAACGCGUUAUCAAUGAGAUGAUUGUAAUAUGUUUGAGACAGGGAACUCAAAUGCUAAUCAGUUCUGGAUUGUCAAACGGGAAAUUGGAUAUUCCAAAUUCUCUACUUUCACAUCCCCAUAAUCCUUUGCGUCUUUGGGGGGUAACCAGAGGGUGAAAACCCACUUAUUUUGCUGAAGGCUGAUCAGACAAUGUUGAAAAUACCUUGGUAUCCAAAGAUAAA